GCUCUGGGGAGGAGGAGCUGUAGGGUGGGAAAAAUAAUUUUUGUGCAAACUCUUUAUAAGAAAGAAAGAAAAGAAGCCCUUCGAGGACCCAGCACGGAGUCGACUGGGAGCCGGAGAUGCUGGACACUAUAGUCCCUUCUCUGCAGGACCUGGACAGGCAGGUUCUGCCCACGCUGCCCUCGCUGAGCCAGGGAGAAGUUGCUACUAUCUGGGGGAAUGUGUCAGAAUUUGUGGAGCGGCAGCUAACCCUGCACAAGGGGGUUCAGAUUCCAGGAUUUGGAACUUUCACUUUCACGAGACAACAGAUGCAAGUGGGAAAUGGCAAGUUUAUUCUAAUCCAGAGGCCCAUAUUUAUCAUGGCGGAGAAGUUAAUGCAGAUCCAUGGACUCAAACAAAACAAAGUAUAUACUCCCGGUGAUAUCCCAGUUGUUCCACUUAAUUUUGUCAUGAUAUCCCUGGAAGGCCCAUUUAACAGGGAUGUAGUAGAAGGAUGUGUGAAGGAGACGUUGCUUUUUUUCUCACGAUCCAUUUCCACCAAACAGACUGUGGAGUUUACGUUCAAAGGAAUUGGGGUCCUCGUGGUCAAAGAUGGCAAAGUGAAGAUGAGAUUUUAUAAGGACUUCCUUUGUGCCGUGGAUGGAAGUGGGGCUUUGGCAAAAGCCCUAGCAAAUAGGCCUGGCACUGUGGACUCUGUGUUGUCCUACCAAGAAGGCUUUGGGAAGCAGCCCAGCAGCGUGCUUGCAUUUCCAAGGAUUGAGCUCAAGGAUACUGAGAACAAACCACCUAUGGAGACCAUUGUAGAAGAAGAUGGAGAGAACAGACCAAGGAAGUUCAAAUUAAAAGACAAGUCAGACAAAGCAGGCGGCGUCAGAGAGAUCUCAUCACCCAAGAGACUUCAAGAUAGACAAAUUAUCUCUCCUGCCAAAGUGACAAGCAGCAACUCUCUGGACAAGUUUGAGCAAAGCGGGAAUGGUGGGAAGAUCACGACCCCUGAAGGCAUAUCAUCUCCAGGUGGUCUGAAAAAUGACAAUGAAAUGAAGCCCAGAACAUCUUCAGCCCAUGCUUGCCAGGGCCACAGUCGGGCAGGACAGGAAUUGUGCUAUGUGUGUUUGCAACGAGCACAACGAAAUUUCCCGUUGUACUACGGUGCGGAUAAGAGGAGGAAAGAGAUAGAAGAUGAGCGACUCAUGAUGCAGUAUCAGAUAUUGAAAGACCAGGAGGCUCUCUUCAAACACCAGAAUAAAAGUCUGGCUACCAGAGAGCAGAAUCAGAAAAAUGCUGCCUAUAAUCUUGGAGUUGCUGAAGCUAUAAGAAACCAUAAGAAUGAGAAACCUGAAUUUUAUAAAUCCUUUCUAUUUGAUAAACGGCCACUCAGUCCUGAGCUUAAUGCUCUUAAGCAAGAAGAAUAUUCCCAAAGUCUCCUGAAACAAAUGGAUACCAGACGAGAAAAGGAAAUAAAGCAAAGACAAAACAGAGAGUUGAUGGACCGCCUAGAACAAGUGCAACUCACAGAGGAACUUGCUGCGCAAAGAGCCAAAUAUUUAAAAGAUAAGAUAGAAGAAACACGGUGUUACAAGAGAGCUUUGGAUGCACAGAUGAGAAACAAACCCUCCAAGCUGCCUAUGUUUGAGCCAGACUCCUCUGAACCCAUCUUUGGUAAGAAUGAGAGUCAGCACCUGGUGGAAAGGCGACAGCGAGACCAGAAUUGUAUGAAACACCAGCAGGAGACAGCCGCUGGCCACAAGAGGAAAGCCAUCCUGAACCAACUGGUGGAGCAGAGGCGGGACCUGCAGAUGCUUCAGAGGACACGAAGAGAGCACUUGGCAGACAGAACUGCUGAGCUGGAGCGAGUGAACAGAAUCAACCACGGCUUACAGGAGGACUGGGAAAGGAGUGCUGCGAUGAAGAAGCAGCGGGACAUGGAGGAAAAGGCUUUUGAGAGGGCCUCGGACAAGCUGUUCCUCCUGGACCAGUGCGAGAAAUACCGGCGCUGCAAGCAGUGCCAGAGGCGCACCUCCAACGAGGGCGAGAGCAACCUGUGGCCCCCGAACAAGUUCCUGCGUGGCUCCCAGUUGCUCGUGUAAAACUCAAAAGUUUGGACCUGCGUUUCCUGGGGAAGUUUUUUUUUUUUUAAUUUAUUAAUCUUUUACAUGUUUUGGUGUUUGUGAAACUGCUUAUUUGUACUCAGAGAAAAAAAAGUCAUUGUUCGGUUCUGUGCUUUCAGUAGAUAGCUUUUUCACCCUUAUUGGAUUUAAGUCGGCAGGGUCUCCCCUCUUGCCUUUCUCCCUCCCUCGCUUCCUCCCCCAGCUUGUCUCCGAUGGCAGUGAAGGUGUCUGAAUGGUCCUGAGGGCUAGAACCCCCUGCCGCAGGGGCUGGAGACUGGCCCCAGCUUCAUUCUGGCUACUGGGGUGCUGCUGAUCUGGCCCUGCCACGCCCUCUGAUUUUGUGUGCAAAACUCCAUCUUGUUUUCAUCUAUGAUGAAUAAUAUCAUAAUAAAUAUUUUCUAAGCACCUGACUGUGUAUGACAAUUCAUAAUGGUACAUUUUACCCCCUUCCCCAACUCUAGACUUGUCCAGAGGCCUGUAUGUGUGGACCUCACAGAGGAAGAUGAGGCUGUUUACCGCAGGAGGGUCAGAGCAAUGCUUCCUGAAGUUUCUAACUGACACACCAGGGACUUUAUUGGGGCGUCAGCGGAUAUCGUUCCUUUGGUGGCUUCCUAAUCAACCAUUCCAUUGUCCAGCCAUUUCUAACCCCCAUCACAUGUUUACUUUGGGAAUCAGUGUGCACUGUGAGGGGAGUCUGCUUGGCUCGGUAGGUGCCACCUCCUCUCACUGCUUCACUUGCAUCCAUUCUUGAGCUGUUGAAGAGGACUUCCCUGUCACUUAAGACUGAGACUUCUGUGCUGCUGCUUCUGCAUCCCACCUCCUGCACAGGCAACUACCCUGCUGAGCUCCAUCUAGUGGACUGAAUUAUUAAAGAAGAAAUAAAAGGAAGGAAGGAAGGAAGAAGUGGAAGAGUGAAGAGAUAAGAAAGAGAAAGGAAGAAAAGAAGAGGAAAUAAGGAAGAAAUAGGGCUUUAUUGCUGUGGACCAUGCCUAGGCCAGGAAACAAAGUCUACAUAUUUUAGAAAAUUCUAAUAGCUAUUCUAGAAGAAACUUGAGAACAAGGAAUAAUAUCUUCAAGGGACUGAGAGAAAUAAAUGCCAAGGUACAAUUGUGUACCCAGCAAAACUAUUUAGGAAUGAAGGCCAAAUAAAAAGAUUUUAGGAAUAAGGACAGAAAAAAAAAAAAAA